UUCAUCCCUACUUCUCUGCAAAUUCCAACCCCCAAAACCAGCACCCUUUUUUUUUUUGCUUUAGUAGUCUCUCUUUUACAUUCCAAAACUAGGCAAGUUAAAUCAUUUAGCAAAAGAUACUGCAGGUAUAGCUAGCAAUGGCGAAAUUUGGGAAGCUAACGAAGCUCAAGUCUGCAAUAAAGAGGUGGCCGUCUUUAACGAAGCUGACCCGUAGCAGCAGUGCCAUAGCGGCUGCAGCAGAACCCGAAGGGAAGUCGGUUCCAAAGGGACUUCAUGCAGUUUACGUCGGCAAGUCGCGGCGGAGGUACCUGGUAGGUUCCGAAAUCAUGUGCCACCCGUUGUUCCAGGAGCUGAUUGAUCGAUCCUCUGGUGGUAUGGAUGAUGAUGGUGAUGAUGAUCACGAUCACUAUCAUUAUGAUGAUGAUGAUAAUGAUGGUGGUGGCCAUGAAGUUGUGGUUUCUUGUGAGGUUGUCUUGUUUGAACACUUGCUUUGGAUGCUUGAGAACGAUGGGGCUCAAUUGGGGUCCAUGGAAGAGCUGGUUGAGUUCUACACUUGCUAACAAAAACAAAAAAAACAACAUCUUUAAAGCUCUGUCAAAAGUUGUAAAACAUAAAUCUAUAUUUAUAUAUAUUGAGGCAUCGAAAGGAGAAGAAAAAAAACAACCAUAUUAUAAAAAAAAUUCAGUACAUUAGGCAGUUGAUUUAGUUUUUGUGUGUUCUUUCGAGAAGAUGAUAUUAUUACUUCGAGAUGUGUUGUUCAUCAAGAGCUCCACUGUGAACACUUUUUUCCUUCUUUUUUCCUUUUAUAUUGCUUGACAUGAAGUGUUACUGUCAUAUAAUUACAACCAAAAUGGUUGAGAAAUGGAAAUUUGGCUUUUCUUCUAUUA